CAAAAGAAGCAAUCGAUGAAAGAAGUGCAAGGGUAUUGAAUCGAAUUUGAUAAUUGCGUUUGGUCGUUAUUUGCAUAUUCCGUGUCCUCCUCCAUUUUGUUCAUCAUUAUCGACAUAAAUAAAAAAAAAAAUUAAAGAAUCAUCGAGUGGGUACUUGGAUAUUGCGAUGUAUGAAUCGGAAUCCCACCAUAAUCAAUUGGUUUAGAGAAGUAGAAAAAAUCGUUGAAGAGGAAAGUAUUUUUUUCUUUCAUUUUCAUUUUACUUUUCUCUCUGCCGGUGAACUGGAAGUGAUGUGUAGGUAAAUUUCAUUUUCAUUGAACUUCUUUUCGACGGUUAAAGAUUUCGGUCGCAACAAUUACAUCAGUUUGAUUUGAGAUCUCGGUGUAACGGUAACAUAUAUUAUACGCGCCGGGAAUUGGUGUAUAUGUGGAUUUUAUGUGUUUGCAAAAAAAAAAAAAUUUUUUGUUUUUUGUUAAACCAACAAAACAGAUUCGGUUCCUCAACACUUUCGUUGUCAUCAUCCGUAAGGAAAGUGAAGUUAAUGGUGUGCAACAAUUUAAAAAUAAAAUUUAUUUUUGUAUUUCAAAAAACAUAAAGUAAUUAAAAGUGUAUCAACUACGUGCUUGUGAACAAUAGAAAAUUUGUGCACGCGUUUUUUUUCGUUAUCUGAUCAGAAACUGUAAUCUGAAAUAUGUUCAACUUUCGUCGAAGUCGCGUUAAACGGUGUCUAUUACUCGGUUCGAAAAUUCUAAUUAAUUGGCUUCUAUUGACCUCGAAUAUAAUGCCAUGCAGCGGAUCCAGCUCAAAUACAACCGACUUUUCGCCACAAACAUUUUCCUACGAUGUUUCGUCGAACGCUCCCACACAUCAACACACAACGGAAUCUUAUGAUUUAAAUUCGAUCGAAACGCAAAUCAAACAAUUCUUAAACGUUCAUCCCGCCAAUAAAUCGAUGGACCUUCUUAUACGAGACGUAUUCAACGUUGAUAAUCCGAAUCCCAUGUACAUUUUUGUGCUACCCGGUGAAAAGAAUCGCACUUUGGUAUUAACUCGUAACAGUUUCGAUCAGGCUGUCUAUCCAAACAUCAGCACAGGUCAGCGUUUCAUUAAGGACGAUAAUGCUAAAAAAUUAUUACAAUUAAUCGGUAGCGGUACGAUUAAAGAUAAAUCAAAGGACGCUGACUUCGACAAUUUAAUUUUUGAUUUGAAAGACCUGGAUGAGGCGGAAAGUAUGCGAAUUGUGGCGGAAAAUGUUCGAACAGAGCGAAAUUUCAUCGAAUUUAUGGAACGAUUGAAUAAAAACGCUAAUGUCGGUUCGAACAUUGUUCAGGAACAUACACCACACCAGAGUUCGGUCGAUGUUUCGAAAACAGUGAAUAAGGAGUACGAGGAUUUGGUUAGUCCGAAACUGAAAUACAAAUUCGAAAUUGAUUACUCGGGAGAUUCGUUGAGGCACACCACACAGGGUACGGUUAAAACAACUGAGCUAGAUUGGAAAGAUCUGGGAUUGGAUGGAUGGAUUGGCGGAUUGCGUGAACCGGGCAAGGAUUUUGAUACCACUGUUACAGAAUCAAAAACAACUGAGAAUACAAACAUUAUCUCGUCCACAUACAUUUAUUAUUCAAAGCCAAAGUUUCCAACGGCCUACAAUCCGCUAUACAGACGAACCAAACCAGUAGAAGGGAGUACUUUUCCGACUGUGUACACGAAAAGUCCCCAGCAGAAGAAGAAACACUCAACACGACACCGAAGACCAAAGUCAAAGAACAAUUCAGUGCAAGAUACAUACUUCGAGCAUACGAUCAAACAUCCAGCAGAUCAGUCCAACUCUGUGACCGGUUCAAAUCAUCUGGAAACAGCAACACCACCAGCCAAUAUAAAUUCAUGGGAAAUUGACAUGCACAUUCCUAGUGUGCUGACCGAUUUGCUGAAAAAGGAAAAUCCUCGCUUAGCCGAAAUCACCGAAACCCUCUCCACAAUCAAGCCAAAGUGGCCGAUAACCAGCAGUCGAGCUGAACAUAAAGAUGACGAUGUGUACAUAGCUAGAGCAAAUAAUCCAUUCGGUCAUAGCACAAAGUGGCUGUGGAGAAACACAUCGUCUGCCGACGGAACGGAUAACGAGAAUCGUUCGAAACGCGGCGCACUGGAAUUGUAUUCCAUGGUAAAAUGUGCUACCGGCUGCGAUCCGCUCAUUUUUAAGGGAUACGGUUGCUAUUGCGGAUUUCUGGGCUCUGGUCGUACACUGGAUGGCAUUGACAGAUGCUGUAAAAUGCACGACUACUGCUACGAAACGGCUAACUGUCCCAUGUUUAUCGAAUAUUUUGUGCCAUAUGUGUGGAAAUGUUACCGGGGACGACCACUGUGCGCCAUAGAUCAAGGUGAAUGGGGUGGUCCUGGAUCUUGUGCGUCACGGUUAUGCGAGUGUGACCAGACUUUGUCAAAGUGCUUACGACGCUUUUAUUGUCCACGAAAACGAGCGGUCUGUACAUCAUCGCCCUGGAGACUGUUGCAAAAUGUUAUCAUGGAAAUAUGAUGAAGAUUGCAUUGUUUUGGACGGACGCAACGACAAUGUAUUUGAGGUAGUUAAUUCAUGUAGUACAAAGUAAAGGAUCAACUUCCGGUACGGAUAAAGGCUCAUGCGACGAGAGAAAUAUAGCCUGUAUUGUAAGGUACCACUCCCACCAAUCGAACUAAUGACCAGAAACCAGAAAUGGACUCAGUUUUUAUACAGUUUUAAUUUUGACAUUCAUAAUACACGAUUUACGCUGGUGGCA